CGGCACCCCCUCGCCCACACCUCGCUUGGCUCAUCCAUCCCUUGUCCCACACAUCUGGCUUCCGGUGAUUGCUCACGAUAGUCAGCUUCUUCCUGCUUCAACACCUUCCAGUCUCCUUUCCGUAUCAUCCCCUUGCACUCCACUCGAUACCACAUUUGCCCUGCUGAACCACUACAGCCCCCUCCUCUACCUCAUACCCCAAACCCCUUCUGGCUCUCACCUUACCCCACGCCCAAUCAUAGCCAUGGCCACUGCACAAAAGAAGCAAGCAUACCCCUUCUGGCUCGGAGGCGCAGCUGCCGCCUCUGCUGCCUCUAUUACCCACCCUCUAGAUCUCACCCGCUAUCGUCUACAGACUGCAGCUGGCAAGACGAACAUGUUCAAGAGUGUCGCCGAUACAGCUCGCGUGGAGGGUGUACGUGGACUCUGGCAUGGCCUGACGGCUACCUGGCUUCGUCAAUUCUCCUACUCCAUUACGCGCUUUGCCGUAUAUGAAGGGAUGAAGGCACAGUACACCGAACCUGCCUCGCCUACCAAUCCUACAGGGACCACCCCCACGACGGCACAGCUGGCUCUCUGCGCUGGUACAGCUGGAGCAAUUGCUGGUGUCACUGGAAAUCCUGCCGAGCUGGUGCUGGUGAGGACCUGUGGAGAUCUGAACCGACCUCCGGCUGAAAGAUUCGCAUACGGCAACUGUCUCAAUGGUCUGCUUCGAAUCACCCGCGAGGAAGGCGUAGGGAGAAUGUUCCUCGGUCUCUGGCCCAACGUGACCCGGUCCAUCGUGAUGAAUGUAGCGCAGCUGGCAUCGUACGAUGUAUUCAAGGGAGCUCUCCUCUCGGCUACUUCCAUGACAGAUGGACCUGUACUGCAAUUUGUAGCUUCGUUCUGUGCGGGAACACUGGCUACUACUGCUUGCACGCCAGUAGAUGUCGUCAAGUCUAGGGUGCAGAACAGUAAGACGGGAGAGGGAGUUUUGCAGGUCAUUCGUACCAGUCUGGCCAGGGAUGGACCCGCCGUCUUCAUGAGGGGCUGGCUGCCUGCCUGGCUCCGACUGCAACCCCAGACUACACUGCUCUUCCUCUUCUUUGAGCAGUACAAGGGACUCGUGGACAAGUACAGAGCCAAAGCAAACCAAGCAGCAUCGUAGAUCUUAUCACGCAACAGGACAGCCGCGGGAAGAGGGGACGCCAGAGGAGCGGAAGUGAGGAGCGGUGGCUUAGAGUGGGCGGAAGGAUAGUAGGGGAGUGUUGGAACGUG